AUGGAUGCCUCUAAGUCUUCAAAGAAACGCAAGGCGGUUACUCGAGAUGUUGAGGAGGAGGCUGGUGUGUUUUCUGGGGAUGAAUUGCAGGUUGAUGUCCUAGACGGCGCACUUUCAGAUAAUGCAAACGACCUAUCCAGCGACGAGGAUGUUAGCGAUUCGGAAAUCGAACUAGUGGAUGAUUUUAGCGACGAGGAAGACGGCGAUGAAGAGGAAGAGCUCGAUAGUGAUGAAAUUCCUUCGGAUGGGGGAGAGUCCUUUAAGAAGGCGUCUGGCACAGGAAACGCUCGUGAUGAAAGCUCUAGCGAUGAAGAACAGUUGAACUACCGCAUUGAAAAGGAUGCCAAUGGAAAUGACCGUUACGUCUACGAUGAGAUAAACCCAGAUGAUAACUCUGAUUAUUCUGAUGUCGAAGAAAAUGCGAACACCAUCGGCAACAUUCCCUUGUCCUUUUACGAUCAAUACCCUCAUAUCGGCUACGAUAUUAACGGAAAGAAAAUCAUGCGCCCUGCCACAGGGGAAGCUCUUGAUGCGCUGCUCGAUAGCAUCGAAAUUCCCAAGGGCUGGACUGGUCUUACCGAUCCCUCGACCGGUAAACCAUUGGAAUUGAGCCAAGAUGAGCUGGAAUUAUUGCGCAAGGUUCAGAUGAACGAAAUACCUGAAGAGGGAUACAAUCCCUAUGAGCCCACAGUGGAAUGGUUCAGUAGCAAACAAGAGAUUAUGCCCUUGAGUGCUGCCCCCGAGCCGAAACGUCGGUUUGUGCCAUCGAAACAUGAAGCCAAGCGGGUUAUGAAGAUCGUCAAAGCGAUCAGAGAAGGCCGCAUUUUACCUUAUAAGCCCCCCACGGAGGAGGAGGAUAAGGAACAGGAUGUAGUCAACUAUGACUUGUGGGCCGACGAAACGGAGCGACCAGACCAUCCCAUGCAUAUCCCUGCUCCUAAACUUCCACCACCUGGUUACGAGGAAAGUUACCAUCCACCCCCUGAAUAUUUGCCCGAUAAAAAGGAACGAAAGGCUUGGGAGGAGGCUGACCCUGAAGACCGUGAGCGGGAGUAUCUUCCAAAUGACUUUGGCUCACUUCGAAAGGUUCCUGGGUACGAAAGUUUCGUCAAAGAGAAGUUCGAGCGCUGUUUGGACCUUUACUUAGCACCCAGAGUUCGGAGAAGCAAGUUAAAUAUUGAUCCUGAAAGCCUUCUUCCGAAGCUCCCUAGUCCCGAGGAAUUGAAGCCAUUCCCGACCGCCUGUGCUACGGUGUUUAGAGGACAUAAGGGGCGUGUUCGCACCCUGGCCGUUGACCCAUCUGGACUCUGGCUUGCUACUGGCGGUGACGAUGGAACUGCGCGGGUAUGGGAGUUACUUACCGGUCGCCAAUUGUGGAGUGUGAAGUUAAGUGAAGAGGACCCAGUGAACGUUGUCCGUUGGAGGCCUGGGAAGGACGCUGUCAUUCUUGCGGCUGCGGCAGGCGACGAUAUCUUCCUUGCAGUGCCCCCUAUCGCGGAUCCGAAAAUUGAGAAGACCAGUCUGGAGAUCAUUGACGCAGGUUGGGGAUACGCAGCGUCGAAGCCUCCCCCGAGUGCCGCAGAGGAAAACAAGAAGAACGUUCCUCCACAGUGGAUUCGCCCAUCAUUAUCGCUCGCAGAAUCCGGGGUGUGCGCUGUCAUUCCCCUCCGAUAUGUGGUUAAGUCUCUCUCAUGGCAUCGUCGCGGUGAUUACUUUGUUACUGUGUGCCCCGGCUCCUCGACCCCAGCUUCUGUGGCCAUAUCUAUUCACACUCUUUCCAAACAUCUAACUCAGUUCCCCUUCCGCCGACGUAUCAAAGGUGGUGGGCCACCUCAAACCGCUCAUUUCCAUCCCUCGAAACCUAUCCUUUUCGUUGCGAAUCAACGAACAAUUCGUGCUUACGAUCUAUCGCGCCAACUCCUCGUCAAGAUCAUCCAACCCGGAGCUCGCUGGAUCUCUUCUUUCGACAUUCACCCAACGUCUUCCACCGCCUCCGGAGGGGACAACCUCAUCGUUGGAUCGUACGACCGCCGUCUACUGUGGCAUGAUCUUGAGCUUUCUCAGCGUCCGUACAAGACGUUGCGGUACCAUCGCAAGGCUAUCCGCUCUGUCCGGUUUCACCCAAGCGGACGCUAUCCUCUAUUCGCCGACGCAAGUGAUGAUGGGUCCCUCCAGAUUUUCCACGGCAGCGUUACGGGUGAUAUGCUCAGCAAUGCUAGUAUUGUACCUCUCAAAGUCCUUAAGGGUCACAAGAUUACCGGAGAAUUGGGUGUCUUGGAUGUUGACUGGCACCCUCGGGAAGCUUGGUGUGUCAGUGCAGGCGCAGACGGAACUUGUCGGUUGUGGAUGUGA